GGGGUGCAGACUUCCUUGAAAACACCAGCAUUUGGGGGCCGACAGAGAGGGGAGCUGAGUAGCAGGAACACAGAUGACAGGGCGGCCCCUUGGAAUUCAGAGGGAGAGUUUUGAGACGAGAGGAGAUGGUCAGCAGGAUGGAGUGCCCGAGAGACUGAGGGGUGAAGUCCAGGCUUGGGCAACCCCAGGCUUUGGGGGAUCCCUAAGAGCCGGCUGGGGGACGCAGCUGGAACCAGGCAGCAAAGGGUUCAGAAGGGAGCGGGCGAUGAGUAAGUGGAGGCUUCUCUGUCCAGAAACUGGGCUUUUGCAGGAAACAGAAACUGGAGAGAGGUCAGCAGAGAACUUCAGAGAUGAAGGGGAUCCUCACACUGGCUUGGUUCCUGGCUUGCAGUGUGCCCGCUGUGUCAGGCGGCCUGCUAGAACUGAAGUCCAUGAUUGAGAAGGUGACGGGGAAGAACGCCCUGAUGAACUAUGGCUUCUACGGCUGUUACUGUGGCUGGGGCGGUCGAGGGACCCCCAAGGAUGUCACUGAUUGGUGCUGUUGGAUACAUGACCACUGCUAUGGGCUGCUGGAGGAGAAAGGCUGCAACAUCCGGACACAGUCCUACCAAUACAGUGUCUCACGGGGCCUGGUCACCUGUGAGCUGGGCCCCCCCUGCCAGAUGAAGCUCUGCUCCUGCGACCGGAAGCUCGCCUACUGCCUGAAGAGAAACCUGAAGAGCUACAACCCUGGUUACCAAUACUUCCCCAACUUCCUCUGCACCUAGUGACCCGCAGUGAGCGCCGCCAGACCAUGGCUUCUGCCCCCUUCUCCUGCCACAUGGGACUCACUGGUGCUGCUGGGCCGCUGAGAGGGCUCCCAGGUCUGGCUCCUGGUUCUUUCCUGAUGGUCCACUGGGCUUGGAGGAGCCCGUAGCCUCUCCUCACCCUCAUCCCCAGAGAGCGACUGGUCAUAGGACCUGACCAAGUCAAGGUUCCUGGCUCACUCCUAACGCCAGGCCAGUCGUCCUCGCCUCUGAAGAUAGGGCCCGUCUCCAGGAGGAACACUUUCCUGGGAUGCAUUUCCGGUUUCUGCCUCCCUCUAGAGAAUUGUACUCAAGGAGAAGCUAAAUUGACUCCAUAAAUCUGCCAUGUGUAUAUUAAAUAGCAUUUCUCCUGAAGACUAAUACACGCCACACAGGCAUAUCCCUCUGCUGCGGGGAUUGCCUGUGUCUCUCUCGCUGCCACUGGGCCACUAAGCUCAAAGUUAACCACAUUCUCUCAGAGACAGAAGGUGAGCAUCAGUAAGUAGAAGGUUUUCUGAGAUGAGUGUCAAGCCUUCUUUGGGGUUCAUCUCCUCAAAUCUUGAGGGUCCCCUGGAGCUAAGCAUUGGGUCUCAUUUUUCCUUGAGGGGGUGGAGAGAAGGUGAUUGACAGUUAUGCCAGCCUGGGCUUCCAGGUCAGAGAGGGCCAUGUUCAAAUUCCAGCUACAUUGAUGUGAGAGAGAAGCAAUAGGCUGCCUCCUGCACACACCCCGACCAGAGAUCGAGCCUGGGCAUGUGCCCCAACCAGCCACCUUUCGGUGCACCGACCAACCGACGCUCAACCAACUGAGCCACACUGGCCGGGCUCUAACAUUGUCUUUUUUUAAAAAAAGAAACCGUAAUGUUUCUUGCGAUGUAAAUUGGAAAGCCCGAAGCCACCUUGAUGCUGACACAGAGAUGCUAAGAUGCUGGGAUUUCACAGAGCAGAACGUUUUCUUACAUAGGGUUCAGCUAUGGGGUUUAUUUUUACCAAGUAAGGCCAUUGAGAGCCCCAACUCAUCUAGUAUUUGUAAAUGAAUACUGAGACAGCAGGAAGAAAGGACAUAUUUUAAAACAAAGGAGAGUCCCGCCCAAGAAAAGACCUUUGGCUUCUUUCCACCGACAAACCUCCAAAUAGCCACAUGAUAAAUGGGAUCUAUAUUUAAAAAGCGCCAAUGUUCAACAUUUUCUAAAUAAAAUUUG